AUGAGCUGGUAUAUCAAGAAAUUAUUGAGGCUGAGACAUAGUAUAGAUGAGGGAAGCUUGUUGCUAGCUGUUAAGGGAGGUAAAUUUCACAGUAAACACUUCUAUUCCUCUCUUAUUUCUGUGCAUUCUGUGGGCUAUGCUAAGACAGUUUGGAACAAGCUUAUUUUGCCAAAACACAGGUUUAUUUACUGGCAGAUUUUUAAUAACCAGCUGCUUACUAGAGACCACUUGUGCCGAUUCAUGAAUAUUUCUUCUGCUUUCUGCCCUGUGUGUGAAUCCGGCUUGGAAUCCCAUAUCCACCUGUUCAUGGAGUGUGUUUAUUCCAGGAAAGUGUUUGAUGAAGUAGGUAGAUGGCUGGGUUUCUUCCAUUGGCCUGAAUCUUGUGAGGAGCUUACCCAUUGGUGCUUAUUGGCUAAGCAUAACUUGAAGAACCAGAUAAUUAAUGCAGUCAUUUCAGCCGCAUGGUAUUUCAUUUGGUGCAACAGAAAUAGAUGUAUUUUUGAGUCAGUUUGUAAAAUGGCCAGCAGCAUUAGUUUGGAAAUUAAAGAUGUUGUUAAGUAUAGAGUUUUGAGUUUGGGUUCUGUUUCUCAUAGAAAAAGGGAUGUAUAUUUACGCAAGGUUGUAGAAAGCUGGUAG